CUCCGGAGGUAAACAUCUCACUAAAACCCACCAUACGUACGAUCCUCAUCUUGUUAAGGAAGUUAUCAACCCUCCAACAUAUGUACCGAGUCAUUAUCGAACUGUAGACAAGCUGGUUGCCCCAAGGUCUGGAUCUCUCCACAUCUAACUUGAUAUGCUUAACAGCUCUGCCGUUACAACGGAUAAAAAGAUACAUCAGAUUCCCCAAAGAGCAAAAUGGAGAAUAUUACCACAGAUACAUCUUUAUACACCACCAGCAUCUGGAAAGGGACAACGGAUAUGCACCUAAUGACCUCAUCAGAUGAUGAAAUGGAGAGCACCAAGAUAAAUCAAUCAUCCUUCAACGAAAGUAGCGUGUGGAUGUCAACAUCAGGACAACAGAUUCCGAUCGGAAACAUGACCACCACUACAUUCCCACCUGGACUUCUGGAGACACUGAACGACGAUAAAGCUUUUCUAUUCCUUCCUGUCAUCAUCUUCGUCGGUUUCCUGAUGAUUGCAGGUGUCAUUGGGAAUAUUCUUGUCAUUUAUGUUUUCUGCUUUAGAUACAAAAGUCGAUCGUCGAACCAUUUCAUCAUUGCCAUGGCAGUGUUUGACUUAUUGUCCAGUCUGAUCUGCAUGCCCAUUGACAUCUAUGACGUCAGGUUUCACUACACGUUUUACAACGUCCUAGCCUGCAAGCUCUUCCGCUACUCACAAAACGUAACCACAUUUGGCUCAGUCAUCAUCCUGAUCGAAAUUGCGUUUGACCGCUACGUAAAGAUCUGCAGGCCUCUGCGGAUUGUAACGGCACUAAAGACAAAGAUCCUGUGCGCUGUGGCAGGGAUUUUGGCUUUCAUUUUGUCGGUGCCAGCCCUGGUUUUGUUCGGCAUCACCAGGGCUCCAACACACGUGACUGGCCUGUUCGGACACGAUUGUUCGGUAUCAGAGGAAUACAAAGAUAGCCUGUUUCGCGAUAUUUUCUAUAAAUAUUUCAUCCCAUUAUUGUUUGGCGUGUCGUUUAUACUGCUUGCCGGACUAUAUUUCCGUAUUUGGUUUGAGAUCAGAUGCAGGAAAAAUCUCAUCAUAGGCGAAAAGCCAACUCCAUCAAAUCGGCCUAGUGACGAACACACUGAAGGAGGACACUACAUUGUUAAAAGGACCCGAUAUAACUCUAGUGUCAGUGACGACGAUUCAAGUGUCUUCACAAAUAAUAAAAGAUCUUUCAAAAGAUCUUUUUCUAAUACAUCACGGAAACUAAGGUUAGAAAGCAUAACCGAAGCUCUCUCGAAAGUAAAAGUCUCCAAGACGACGAAGAUAUUUAUAGCAGUUACCGUUGCGUUCGUUCUGAGUUAUCUCCCCACAAUGGUGGUACAGGUGCUCGUGUCUCGUCAGAAAGGCUCUGUGAUAAAGCAUUCGGAGGUGCAACAGCUUAUUCUUAAAAUCUUUGCUCGCUCUUACUACAUCAACAAUGUGAUUAACCCCGUAAUCUACAGCUUUCUAAACGUAAACUUCCGCACACAUUGUUCUAAACUGUUCACAAUGGCCGUCAGUGGGUGUAAAGGAUCGUUCCAUCGCCGUACAACUCCUUUCAGGGGAUCUUUCCGGAAGGUAAAUGCAACACGAUCUGAUUCCAAUAAAAGCAAUCCUACCAAUGACUUUGAAAUGGACCAGCUCAAGUCUUGAGGUUCGGCACUUGCAACAAAACGUAGGUUUUACACAUUAUAAGACUUAUAGAACUGCUGAAGGACUUAAAUGCGACGAAAUCUAUUACACAGUAUCGUAAAUUAUGGUGAUUACAUUCUUACUACGAGGGAAUCAAGUCAUCAUGUUACCUCGGAGGCACAAGGAACCACGACCUCUUUAAAGGGGUGGGAUUAUCUCUCUAUUUCCUACAUAUACAAGAACCAUCAGACAUGAUUGAAGAUAUCUUUAACGCUGGUAUAUAUAUACCAUGGGUUCCUGUACUCGCAUUGCCAAUUGUACUUUGUAUUUCAUUAUAAACUUGCAUGUAUUCAAGUAAAAUUCCACAGUGAAGUACAGAAAGGAUAUACCACGCGAUAUGACUGGUUGUUAUUUAUAACUAUUCACGUGGGUUAGAUAUAAGCUCUCUCGUUCAUUCUUACGUCACUUUGUCUGUUUCUUAAAGCUUAGGGUCCCGUCGUUCAAAAGGUGAUGAGCUUAAUCAGUGAUAGGCGCAGAUUUUAUUUUGUGUGCAACUUAAAAGCAAAACCAUUGAAUUAGUUACAAUUUUUAGAUAACAAUUUUUUAGUAUAGUGAAUUUACAUGCAAACAUGUGAGAUCUUACCUAAUAUAUUGACGAAAUUAUCAAAGGUUGAAAAAUGUCGUUAAACAGUGAUUAACCUAACCACCUUUUAAACAACUGGGCCAGGGCUUUUUCUUGUUAUCUGUCAUCUGACAAUGUCUCCCAUUUUCCAGUUAUUCCUUAUCGUUAUCAAGUGUUACUAUUUUUAUUUGUUAUUUUUGUCGUUUGCUGUAUAAAUGAUACAUGUCAUUAUAUUUGAUCACACCUCUUAUAAUCACCUGUGUGCUUAUUAAUUUAGAAUUAUAUACGUCAGGGAAACAAAAUCAUACCCUGGUAAAAAUUGUUUACUAUCUUCUUUGUAAAUAUUGACAUUUGUAAAUAACCAUACUUUACUGGACAAUAAAUCAGAUAAUUGCA